GAGUCUGGCAGCGUCGCUUCUUCCUGCGCAUGCGCGCUGGGUGGGAAAUGUGACCUUAAUGUUUAGGUUCAGGUGUCUUCUGUGGCUUCGUGCUUCGAGUCCGAUCAGCCUUCGUAGCUCGGGUCAAGUUCAAAAAUCUUCUGAUGCCAUGGAUUUAGGAUGUCUUCGGAAAAACUACAGGGGAGACGAAGAGGCCUUUGAGGAGAAGCAUCUCACCUCCCUUGAUCCCAUUAAACAAUUCUCCACAUGGUUUGAAGAAGCCAUGAGGUGUCCGUCUAUUGGGGAAGUCAAUGCUAUGUGUUUAGCCACUUGUACCAGGGAGGGGAGACCUUCUGCUCGGAUGCUACUUUUGAAGGGAUUUAACCAGGAAGGCUUUAGUUUCUUUACCAACCAUGAGAGCCGGAAAGGAAGGGAACUGGAUUCCAACCCUUUUGCUUCAAUGGUCUUCUACUGGGAGCCUCUCAAUCGCCAGGUGCGGAUUGAAGGCUUUGUAGAGAGGCUUCCAGAGCAGGAAUCAGAGAAAUACUUUCAUUCGCGUCCAAAGAGCAGUCAAAUUGGGGCUGUUGUGAGCCGGCAAAGCACAGUGAUUGCAGACAGAGAGUAUUUGAGGAAGAAGAAUGCAGAGCUAGAAGAGAUGUACCAGGAGGCCCAAGUGCCUAAGCCAGCAUACUGGGGAGGCUACAUCUUAAAGCCAGAAGUCAUUGAGUUCUGGCAGGGCCAGACCAACCGCUUGCAUGACCGCAUCGUCUUCCGACACCUCCAGGGCGGCAGCAAAUCCUUGGAGCCUAUGACUCACAGAGGGGAGGGCAACUGGGUAUAUGAGAGACUCUCUCCUUAAAACAGCUUGCAGGAUUUGUUUUUGAAUAUACAUGGCAACAUCUCUGAUCCCAACCCUCCCCUGAGACAGAGCAGAUGAAGAACCAGAGGAUAAAAUCCUGGAUCUGCACUAGGAAGACGUGGAUUCAAAUCUCUGCCAGCCACGAGUAACUUUGGACCAGUCAUUAACUAUCAGCCUAAUCUACAUCACAGUUUUUGGGAGGAUAAACUGAGGGUUUCCUCAGCUGUCCUGAGCUCAUGUAGGAAUGGAGGGAUGCAAACACAAUAAGCACUUCUGGUGCUUAAAGAUGGACUGCUACACAUUUUAAAUGAUUCAAAUCUACAGUAUUUAUUCAUAUAAAAUCAUGUUAUUUUAAGGAUUUAUAUGAAAAGGAUUGUGUUCUCAACAGCCACACCCCUGCUGAAACAAUACUUGUCAGAGUUGGGGAAUGACAUUAGUGGGUGAGCAUGAUAGACUGGCCUAAUUUUGUAGUUUAACUUAGCAGUUAAAUCUGUAUAAUUUUGCAUUCAGUUGGAAUAGCUAGAUUGAAUUUGGUUUUCCAAAACUUCAUUACAUUAUCCAUGAUAUUAACAGGCUUCUGCUCUAGAGAGGCAGUUUGGUGUAGUGGUUAAAGGCACUGGGCCAGAAACUAGGAGACUGGCAUGAAACCAGCUGGGUGACUUGGUGCCAGUCACUCUCACUCAGCCGUAGGAAGAAGGCAAUGGCAAACCAUUUCUGAAAAUAUUGCCCAGAAAAUGGCAUGGACUUGUCCUGGCAGUCCCUGGGAGUCAAGGCUGACUGGAAGGAACCAAAGAAAAAGAAAAAUCAGUUCUAAAGUACAUGGGCACAUAGUGCCCUUUGGCUCAACCCAGCAGUUAACAUGCAUUGCAAGCUAUGUGGACUCUGGAGCCAUAAUUAGAACUAAUGGAAAAAAGAACAAAAUUAGAUCAUCAGUGCCAAAUGCAACAAUUGGCAUUUAUAUAUAAUAAACAAGAGGAUAACAUGGGCUGUAAACUUCAGAAGAAUAUCAGGGGAAGGAAUAACAACUGAAAGGUCAGUCUUUUUGCUUCUGAUUUCACUGAACCCUGCCCAUGUUUUAAACUUUUCAGCCUGUACAAUGAGAGGUCUGAGGUACCCAAGUCCUCUCUCACUAUGAUUCCUGAAGAUUGAUCACAGUUUCCUACCACUCUGAAGUAGGAAACACACAAGCCCUGUAGUGUAAACCCUAAAAUAGGUAUGACAUAGUUUUAAAAAAGCAAGUCCUCUCAAACGCAGGAAAAGCAGGAAUUUCCAGCUCUGACAAUAUACGUGGCAUAUUUCUUUGUGUUUUGCAUCAUCAGCCUGCCUACCACGGUCUUCAGCAUUAUUAGAUGUGGCUACUGGCCACUGAAAGUUUAUUCAACCAACUAUGCUUUAGAGGGGAGAUGCUUGCUUAAAAAAGCAAACAUGUGCACUGAAAAGCAACAGUGAUAUCCAAUUCUAUAAUUGCCUAACUGUUCCUGGAAACAAAGAAUAUGCAGUUAGAUCCUGCAUCUCUGCUUGCAUAGUGGGAGAGGAAAUGCGGCCCAACUCCCUCCAUCUGCGGCCUCCGUGUUGCAUCAUUCGAAGUGCUUUCCAAGCCCAAAAGCAGAUUUUUCAAUGGUGCCAGAAAUUACAGCAAGAAAGGUGGGGGCUGGAAAGCCUCAUUCUCUGAACAGUACUGUUCAAUUCGUGUAGGAAAAGUUAGGGUCAGAAUUACUGAAUCCAGCCCGGAGUAACAGUUAACAAGGAAACCCUCUGAUUUUGUCUUCAGAUGCAUUGUCCACUAUGAUAAGCAUUGUAUAUGCUUUUGUUUCCAGAAAUGUGGUUCUUUCAUGCUAGAACUGGGAGUGCAGUUCUACAUGCAAGCAGCCACUAUGGAUCAGACAUGGGGGGUUGUGUGCACUUUGUGUUGUUAUUUGUAAAAACAUAUUUAAGUGGUAUGUAUUAUCUUAGUAAUUGUUGUUCUGUCUGACCGACCUAUCUUUGUACACUUAUGCACUUAGUUUGAUUUUGCAACUAUGUACAUUUGGACAAUAAAAGUUAGUGAAUGGUAGUUGAA